AUGUUAAUGAAAACUCCAAAAGACACAGAUUAUAUUAUUGACAACAACUUGUACGUCUGCAUUGGCGGGAGUUCAGAACGGGCCAAGAUAUUCGCUCAUUCUCUUUCAAAGAAUUUGUUCGGCAUCGAUAAAGAGUUGGAUAAUAUUUCUGAAAAAACUGACCGGUAUGUGAUGUACAAGACAGGACCAAUCCUUCACGGGAUUGGAGAAAGUUCAACGUCAAUCAUGCUUUAUGAACUCUUUAAGCUUUUUAAAUUUGCAAAAUGUGUCGACCCCCUCAUAAUCAGAAUUGGGACAUGUGGCGGACUCGGACUGGAUCCGGGGACAGUCGUCAUCACCCAAAAGGCUUACGAUGGAUUUCUUCGAGAGUUCCUUUCAAUCGUUGCUCAAACUAUUCACGUUUAGGCUGUUUUAGGAAAAGAACAAAGACUAAUUCCACAAUACGACAGUGAAAGUAUCUCAGAGCUGCUCGAAUGUAAAGAAAAUGAUGACGACUUUAAUCUAAUUACGGGAAACACAAUGUCUACAAACGACUUUUAUUAUGGCAAGAAAUGAAACUCUAUUUUAGCUCAGGGACGUACAGAUGGACCAAUUUUAAUGUACGAUGAACAAGAAAGUCAAGAUUUUUUAAGAUCUCUGUCUUGUUUGGACAUAAAAAAUAUAGAAAUGGAGGCGCUUACUGUCGGAACUCUUUGCACUUUCGCCAAUAUAAGAAGUUAGUAAGAUUGAUUGAUGUAGAUGUCGUUAUUUGCACGACCCUAGUGGAUCGGUAUCAGGAAUCUCAAAUAAAUAAAAACAAACAAGAAUUGAAAAAAAUCAACGAACAUGCAUACAAGAUCGUAACAAGAUUUUUGAAAAAGAAACUUAGU